GUCGCGGCGCUUCUGGCACCCGGAGCUUCAGGAUCCGAGGCCGGCUGUUGGCGCGGGGUGGCGGAGCGGCCGCCGGGACCAUGGUGUUCUACUUCACCAGCAGCGGCGUUAAUUCAUCUGCUUACACUAUAUACAUGGGAAAGGAUAAAUAUGAAAACGAAGAUCUGAUAAAGUAUGGCUGGCCAGAAGAUAUUUGGUUUCAUGUGGACAAAAUCUCUUCAGCUCAUGUAUACCUUCGAUUACAUAAGGGGGAGAAUAUAGAAGAUAUUCCAAAGGAGGUGCUAAUGGACUGUGCCCACCUUGUGAAGGCCAACAGCAUUCAAGGCUGCAAGAUGAACAACGUUAACGUGGUAUACACACCAUGGUCUAACUUGAAGAAAACUGCUGACAUGGAUGUGGGGCAGAUAGGCUUUCACAGGCAGAAGGAUGUAAAAAUUGUUACAGUAGAGAAGAAAGUGAAUGAGAUUCUGAACCGAUUAGAAAAGACUAAAUCAGAGCGGUUCCCAGACCUGGCAGCAGAGAAAGAAGGCCGAGACCGUGAAGAGAGAAAUGAAAAAAAAGCCCAAAUUCAGGAAAUGAAAAGGAGAGAGAAAGAAGAGAUGAAGAAGAAGAGGGAAAUGGACGAACUUAGGAGUUAUUCAUCCCUAAUGAAAGUUGAGAAUAUGUCUUCAAAUCAGGACGGCAAUGAUUCUGAUGAAUUCAUGUGAAAAGAGGAAGGACCUUUGAAAGAUGUGACUGGAGGGACAGUGGCAGAGCUUUUGAUUUCAUCUAUGUUAUAAUGAUAAAACCACCAACCAAAAAUCUACCUUCAUUCUACAUUGGUAUUACCCAUUUUGGAAUCCAAGAGAAAUGGCUCCCGUUUUGCUGACAGCAAAGGAACAGAUAUUAUAUAUAAUACAGUUGAACUUGAAGACAGUAUAUAAUUCUGGGGAGCAAAAUAUUUGGGGCAGAACACAUCUCAGUACUUGGUGGAAGCUGGCGGCCCUUGUUUGUGAGAUAGACUUCAGAGCACACCCACUCUGAAAAGUGGUCCAGCCCUGAAAGCAAGUGUCUUGAAAUGCUUUUCAUAUUCAUAAAAUACCUUUUUUUCCCAUCUUUUUAGGAAAAAUUGGUUGGUGGGUAAUAGGCCAGUGUUCUCCCAUCCCCAGUUUUCUGCUUAGAUACAAGGAUGCAUGGGUUUUGAAGAUGGUGGUGGUAUUUCAGCAUUUGCAUUCCCUGUUGUCUGAGUCUGGUGACUGGUGCUCCUCAGCUGUCUACUUGACCAGCUCUUGCGUCCUUGCUUUCAGGGAGUGAGGCCUCUGUUAGCCGCAUCGUGUUUAAAGAAAUAGUUGAUUUUAAUCAAGUUUGGGCCUGGGGGGGCAAUUGCUUCCUGAGCAUGAAGUAAUCCAUGCCAUAAAUAUGGUGACUUCCCUCCUCCAGCCAGUUUGGGGCCCGAGAUAAAUAGAGGAAGGGAUGUUCUCAUCAUUGGGUGGGAAAGAAGAGUUACCAGAUAUAGCAUGAAGCAAAAUCCACAUUAAGUUGUGGUUUAGAAGGAAAGCCAAGCAUUCCCCGGCCACCCGAGUAAUUUGUGUCCCUACCUUGAAAUAAUAAGUAUUUUGAGUAGUAACUUCAGAGUUGAGAUUUCUUCAGUGUGGACUCCAUAACAUAGUAUAUCCAUUGCUAUUCAUGGGCACCACUUGCUAGCCAGAGUGCUGCUGAUCAGAAGACACAGAAAGCAGCCACUGUAAGAAGAAGGAAAACAGCAAAAGAAGAGAACAGAGCCUGCACGACAGCAAGUGUGUAGAUCGCAUUAAUAUACCCCAGAUUCUUCCCACAGUGCUGUUAUUCUAAGUGAGCUAAACUCUCCUGCAGUGGAGCUUCCUAUCUUUCAUGGCUCUUUGGAAGUGGGUAGAGCCAGAAGACAAGCAUCACUUCCUACUUCAAGUUGGUAUAUGGGAUUGAACUGGAAAGUUCUCUGAGGCAUAGGUCAUUGCCAGUCUUUGAAAAGGUGUGGGAAGCAGCACCAGAAAUCAGUGAUUUUGUGUUUGCGUGUGUCUGGUACUUAGUCUGAAGUUCUACUAUUAAAAAAAAUAAAAAUAAAGUACCAACUUCUUUUUUAUCUGGAA